UGGAAUUGUAUUUCACCUAAAAUAUAUAUUUACUCACAUCGCUAUAAAUAAAUAAAUAAAUUACUAUUUUAGAACAUUAUAUAUUCAAUUUCCCCUCCCGGUUAAUUUAUUCAACUUUAUUUCCUCCAGUGAGACGGCGAAAUCGGAACCGGUAAAAGGAACUCCGACGAUUGCUCCGGUGGUGUUAAUGGGUCUCAAGGCGUAGUUUUGAAUACUGAUGUCAUUGUUCUGGAUUGUGAUUCGCGAAUUAGCAGAAAUCGAAGCCAUGGCAACAUCAAAGAAAGUAAUCACGAGAGAAGAUUGGGAGAAAAGGCUCAAUGAUGUAAAAAUUAGAAAAGAAGAUAUGAAUAAGUUAGUGAUGAACUUUUUGGUCACAGAGGGUUAUGUUGAAGCAGCAGAAAAGUUCAGAAAAGAAUCUGGAACAGAUCCUGAUAUAGAUCUUGCUACUAUCACUGAUAGAAUGGCGGUUAAAAAGGCAGUACAGGCUGGUAAUGUAGAGGAUGCAAUUGAGAAGGUUAAUGAUUUGAAUCCUGAGAUACUGGAUACAAACCCCCAGCUCUUUUUCCACCUCCAGCAACAAAGGCUGAUAGAGUUGAUAAGGAAUGGAAAGAUUGAGGAGGCUUUGGAGUUUGCUCAAGAGGAGCUCGCUCCAAGGGGAGAAGAAAAUCAAAGCUUCUUAGAAGAGUUGGAGAAGACUGUUGCAUUGUUGGCCUUUGAAGACGUGUCCAACUGCCCUGUUGGAGAGCUCCUGGAUGUAUCACAGCGGCUAAAGACCGCUAGUGAGGUCAAUGCUGCAAUUCUCACCAGCCAAAGCCAUGAAAAGGAUCCAAAGCUUCCAAGCCUAUUGAAGAUGUUAAUAUGGGCACAGAAUCAGCUUGGUGAAAAAGCUGUGUUUCCGCGCAUAACUGAUUUAUCGACUGCUAAACUGGAAGAUCCUCCUGUUUGAAAGAUGACCAAAACUUGGCCAACUGCUUAAAGACAGUAUCUUUUCAACUUUCAAAACCUAUAGACGCGUUUGUUCUUGUCAAAUUAUGGAUUCUUAGAUUAAUGUUGUGUUCGUUUAUCGAUCACAAUGUACAUGAAGAUAGUUUGUACUUCUUAUCGUGUCUAGGUUUCAUAAAAUUGGUUUGUGUUUGAACUUGUGGAGAACAUACAAAGAAGGUAAGCUGUUAAUCUCAAAUCUGUCAAUAUAAAUACACUAGACUCCCAUUUCAGAAUUCCAAUCAUAA